AUGGCUCUACUGAAUCGGCUGAGCAUCAUCGUUUACUACACCAUAUAUGUGCUUCCUGGGCUCAUAGCAGCCAUAGUGAAUUUCGCAGUUUUCAUUGUCGUUCGACGCUCCGAAGUUCUUCAAAGCUCGAAAAUUUUGCGAAAUGAUUUGUUCCUCAACCUGGCGCUCGGCAACUCGGUGACGUUCCUCGUCACAGUGAAAGCAGUGCUUUUCCCUGAGAUGCUGUACUAUGAAACCAUAUGUCGAGGAUGGGUCUACCUCGCAGAAACGAGCCAGCUCGUGAUACAGCUCUCUCUGAUCUUGGCAGCCUUAAGUCGUUACCUGAAUGUUCUAGAUCCAUACAAGUCGGCAGCGAGUAUACUCCGAGGCAUUCCCGCUUAUUUCCUAUGGAUAAUUGCGGCCGUUCUUUGCGCUCCGUACCUGGCGACUCAUGGACUUAUUUUCGAAGGAGAAACCACGCAAUGCGAUAUCUUGCCAGACAACUGGACGGAAUUCAUCACGAUCGUCAGCAUCGCGUUCUAUCUCAUACCGACGAUGAUCUACGUUUUUCUAACGCAUCUCGCUUUACGGGUCAUCCCGAAGGAAGACGGAAACAAUCAUGAGAUCGAGACGGUGGACUUCGCUUCGCGGAUCGUGCGGAUAAGUUUUCUAAUCGCCUUCAUCGCACUCGCGCCCUUACAAAUGGUCUCGCUUCUGAAAUACGGCUUUUAUGACUCCCUCUUCACCCUUGGCCCGAUAUCGUCUCUGCUGCUGGCCCUCGCCUCCAUCCUCGAGCCUGUAGGUUUCGCCAUCUUGGACUCGGUUUUUCGAGGAGAAUACCGGUUGCAAACGUCGCUCCCGGAUCCAAUUCACUCCGAGGGUUUCGGCCACGCGGAGUUCAACACCCGGCUGGACUCCACGAUGUCGCUCGGGAUUUGA